AGGCGUCACUGCGACUGCGUCAGGCAUCAGUCGAGUUACUGACCAUUCUCCGCUCAGUCGUUGUAUUGCGUUGUCGUUUAUUGUCGAUCCACAUCGCUUAUCCGCCUUCGUGUCUUCGUCAUCGAAAAUCAUAAAGAAAAUAGCGCAACGUCCGGCACGAUAUAAUGGCCACCGAAAUAACAACCGCCGAUAGCCAAGAUUAUAAAUUCAAUCCCUUGAAUUUUGGCUCCUUACAUUUCACCGUCAAAGCUUCGAACGAUGCUCAUAUUGCAUUAACUGCUACUGCAGAUAACAAGCCGCCCAAAUAUGAGAUAUUCCUUGGCGGUUGGGGAAAUACAAAAUCUUCCAUACGUAAAAAUAAUGAAGAGCCAGACAAGGUUAUUGUUGAUACUCCAAAAAUAUUGAAUAAUGGUGAAGCUAGAGGAUUUUGGAUCAAAUGGGGAGGUGGUUUUAUUGGUGUAGGAAAACAAGGAGAGGAAAAACCAUUCAUGUCAUGGCAAGAUGAAGAAUCUUUAAAUGUGUUGUUUUAUGGCGUGCGUAGUGGAUGGGGAUCUACAGGUGUAUGGACUAUUGAAGAUAAUAUUUACAUAAACACCGAAGAUAGUAAGGAGUUCAUAUUUAGAGCUAUACUUCAUGGAUCAAUAAGUUUUUCGGUAGAUAGUGCCAAUGAUGCACAUAUUGUUUUGGCAACUAAAGAUAAAGAAUCUGAACCUAUGGUAGAGGUAUUACUUGGUGGCUGGAAGAAUACAGCAUCUGCCAUUCGUUACAACAAGCAAACACCAGAUAAGGUGCACGUUGACACUCCUCAGCUUCUGUGUAAAGACACUCCAAAGAAAUUUGUCAUUUUUUGGAGAGAUGGUGUUAUUGAAGUGUUUAGUGAAAAAACUAAAUUAUUUGAAUGGAAAGAUUCAAGCCCAUUUAUCAUUUCUCAUUAUGGAGUUCGUACUUGUUGGGGGGCUGUUGGCAAUUGGCACAUUCAUGGUGCAGCAGAUGAUCAAUUUAAAAGCAAAAUAGUUGCUACCCCAAAACCAAAACCUUUAAAAGGAAAAGCUCCACCUGCAGCUUCACCUGGUUGGAACCUUGAUGGACCAUCCUCUGGUCCAGUUCAUUGGGUCCAUGCUAGUAACGGGCAAAUACCACCAAAUGCUUUACCCGGUGGUUUUGAUGCUACCAACGAACAGCUAUAUGUAGCUAGAGCAGAACAUAAUGGUGCUCUGAUUCCUGGUAAACUUGUUCCUUCACAUGGUGUUGUCUAUAUACCUUGGGGUGGUAUUGAGAAUCCCAAAGAAAACUAUGAAGUACUUUGCAACUGUAAUGGUACUUGGGUAAAAGCCAACAAUGGAGAAAUCCCAGUAGGCGCAUUAUCUUCAGGUCACACAGAAGAUGGUGAACCAUUGUUUGUUGGACGUGGUGAACAUAAUGGUUCUUUGACUGUUGGAAAGGAGAAUCAGAAUAAUAUAAAAUCGCAGAAAACAAAUAAAAUAAUGGCUCAGAAUUCUUCAUAUUUUUGCUCCGAGAAAAGUUCUUACAUAGAUACAUUGAUAAUGAAAUUAUUGAAGAGUUCAAUGGAGAAAGAAAAUGAUGACCAUGAUGUUUUUGGUGCUUACGUAGCUAUGGAAAUGAGAAACAUAAAAACGUCUGAUGCACAGAAAAAAUUAAGAGGAGAAAUACGAGAUUCUAUAUCUCGAGUUAUUCGGGAAGAAUCUAUGACUACAAUUGAUAACGAAAAUCAUAAUUUAGAAAUUAAGAAAAUAGAUAAUGAUUUAAUUUAAAGAAACAAGAUAACCUUUUAAAAACCAAUCUUAGCUCUUCUUCAGAAAACCAUCUUGAUGUCCAUAUUUCUCCAGAAAAAAGAAAGAACAAUUGGGAACUUAUUAAUUAAUUAUUGGUUCUUGUUUAAUAUUACCUACACAUUAGCUUCAUAUACUAUUUUUGAGAACG